UGCACUGUGUCCCUCAGACACAGCGGAUCACCGAUCACGGAAAGAGCCGGAGAUGUCGGCUCAGUCAUGUGAUCAGCUGUGUCCAAUCACAGCUGAUCACAUCAGCGCCACCUGUCAGUGUCCAUCAGUGCCUUGUGUCAGUGCUCAUCAGUGCCUCGUGCCAGUGCCCAUCAGUGCCACAUCAAUGCCACAUAUCAGUGCCUACCAGUGCACAUCAAUGCCACAUAUCAGUGCCCACCUGAGCUGCCUUUCAGUGUCACCCAUCAGUGCCAGUCAGUGCCACCUAUCAAUGCCAAUCAGUGCCACAUAUCAGUGCCGCCUAUCAGUGCCAGUCAGUGCCGCCUAUCAGUGCCAGUCAGUGCCACCUAUUAGUGCCUGUCAGUGCUGCCAGUCAGUGCCGCCAGUCAGAGCCGCCUAUCAGUGCCAGUCAGUGCCACCUAUCAGUGCCAUGUAUCAGCGCUGCCUUUCAGUGCCCAUCAGUGAUGCCUGUCAAUGCCCAUCAGUGCCACCUAACAGUGCCUCCUCAUCAGUGCCCAUCAGUGCCACCUAUCAGUGUCCAUCAGUGCAGCCUAUUAGUGCCCAUCACUGUAGCCUCAGUAGUGCAUAUCAGUGAAGCAGAAAAAUCACUUUACAAAAACUUUACAUUUACAAAAUUGUAUAACAAAAACUAA